AAUGAAAAGUUAGUUUUAUUUUUUCUAGUCUAUAUUAUUUGCUUGACUAAAUGAUACUAGUACUUUGUUUUAUCUUUAAUUUUUGGGAACCGUAGUUCAAGAUUCGAUGGGAAACUCACAGACUAAAAAGCGUGACGCUCAAUUUUCUGGAAAUGUUGAAUCAAGAGUCUCUUCGGCCAUAAGCAAAGUCCUUUCACCGUCGCGGCAAUCAGAACCACCGCGAUCGGGGAAGCUCUCUACGAAGGAGAAGUAUGCUCUGAUUCGUGAUAACUUCACUUCUCUUCAACAGGUUACAAGUGCCUUGAGGAAUGAAGGUUUAGAAUCCUCAAAUCUUGUCCUUGGAAUUGAUUUUACGAAAAGUAAUGAAUGGACUGGCAGAAAUUCAUUUAAUAAUAGAAGCCUGCAUGCUAUUGGAGAUACACCUAACCCCUAUGAGAAAGCCAUUUCUAUUAUUGGAAAUACUUUGGCUCCCUUUGACGAUGACAACUUGAUUCCUUGUUUUGGCUUUGGUGAUGCUACGACUCAUGAUCAUGAAGUCUUUAGUUUUCAUGCUGAUAAUUCAUCUUGCCAUGGAUUUGAGGAAGUUUUAGCUUGCUAUCAAAAAAUCGUUCCAAACUUGAGACUUUCAGGACCAACUUCAUAUGCUGCGGUGAUUGAGGCUGCAAUAGACAUAGUUGAGAAAACUCAUGGCCAAUUCCAUGUGUUAGUUAUUGUUGCAGAUGGCCAGGUUACAAGAAAUGACAACAAUGAAGAUGGAGAACUCAGUCCUCAAGAAGGGAGGACAAUAAAAGCAAUUGUAGAUGCAAGUUCAUAUCCUCUUUCUAUUGUUCUGGUUGGAGUUGGUGAUGGACCUUGGGAAGAUAUGAAAAAGUUCGAUGACAAGUUACCUGCACGUGAUUUUGACAAUUUUCAGUUUGUUAACUUCACUGACAUUAUGUCUAAGAAGAUAAGCCCGUCUGCAAAAGAAGCUGCUUUUGCUCUGGCUGCUCUUAUGGAGAUACCUUUCCAAUAUAAAGCAACCCUUGAGCUUGGAUUACUAGGUCGUGCAACAGGAAGGGCAAAAAAAAUGGUUCCAAGACCUCCUCCAGCUCCGUAUUCUCGACCUAUACCACCAGAUCGUUUUCUGAGCAGCAUGCCAGCAUCAUUCAUGGAUGACGAGCAAAACCAAAUGGUAUGUGCUAUAUGUCUGACCAAUAGAAAGGAUUUGGCCUUUGGAUGUGGUCACAUGACCUGCAGAGAUUGUGGGUCCAGAUUAAGCAAUUGUCCUAUAUGCCGCCAGAGGAUUGCUAAUCGUCUAAGGGUGUUUACUGGAUGAUUGCAGAAUAAAAAUCCAACGUACAUUAGUUUUAUCAUAUGUUUAUAUUUAUUAUGUGUGGUGUGGUUGUUGCUUUUAAGAGUGGUGAAGAAUGGCCAUACUCUAGUGUAAAAUGAUAGCUUGGAUUUGUAGGAAUGGUUUAGGAGUGUAGAAACAUACUUCGAAUUUGAAGAAAUAUUUUCAUCUUCUGUUAAAAUUUACUUAUGUUUCAAGGAUUGUACCAGUUUUUGAUUGAAAUCCCAAAUUUAUCUAGAAUAUUGCCAGAAUAAAAUUGCUAAUUGAUUCUCCGUUAAAAUUCUCUCAUCUCUGUGAUGAUUUCAUCAGAGUCUGAGCUGAUUGAUCGAAGAUUCACUUGGUCAAGACUGGGGUUUCAGCAAUGAAUCGUCAGUGUGGUUCAAUACAUGGCCUGAUUGCAUUCAAUGGUGCCUUUAUAUUUAUUAUAUGUGGUGUGGUUGUUGCUUUUAAGAGUGGUGAAGAAUGGCCAUGCUCUAGUGUAAAAUGAUAGCUUGGAUUUGUAGGAAUGGUUUAGGAGUGUAGAAACGUACUUCGAAUGUGAAGAAAUAUUUUCAUCUUCUGUUAAAAUUUACUUAUGUUUCAA